AAAACGAACCAGGAACUAUUCGGAAGUGUGAUUGGCUGUUGCUAGGAACCCUCCCAGGGCCUUAUGGGCCCUGGUUACGGAAGCCGAGGAGGGCUGAGCGCGGGCUCUACCUCAAGGAAGUUAGCUGCGGAAGCCCAGUAAGCGGAGGUAUCUCGGGCCCAAUGGCGGCUGUGGAAGCUAGCGACAGCGAUGGGAAAGAGCAGGGGGUUGAGACCUCCGUCACCUAUUAUCGGUUGGAGGAGGUGGCGAAGCGCAACUCCUUGAAGGAACUAUGGCUGGUGAUCCACGGGCGAGUCUACGAUGUCACCCGCUUCCUCAACGAGCAUCCUGGAGGAGAAGAGGUUCUGCUGGAACAAGCUGGUGUAGAUGCAAGUGAAAGCUUUGAAGAUGUAGGACACUCCUCUGAUGCCAGAGAAAUGUUAAAGCAGUACUAUAUUGGUGAUGUCCAUCCGAGUGACCUUAAACCUGAAAGUGGUAACAAGGACCCUUCGAAAAGUAAUACGUGCAAAAGUUGCUGGGUAUAUUGGAUUUUCCCCAUCGUAGGCGCUGUUCUUUUAGGUUUCCUGUAUCGCUACUACACGUCGGAAAGCAAAUCCUCCUGAGGAAGCCUUGCUGAAGUCUGAAAAACACAUCCACUUGGGAAUGAAAACCAGAGACUUGCUUGGGGGCUGUAGUGAUGCCCUCUCUUUGAAUCCUGCCAGUUGUAUUCUUCCCCCUUGGAGUCAAGACAGUUGGUUAGACAUCCACCUCAGAUCUGGGACCAGUGUCCUUCAUCUCUCAGAGCCUUACACCCAGAGCACCUGCUCACCAGUCUGUGUCCUUGCCAGUGUUUGCUCCCUUCACUGGUUCCCACUUACAUUUCAAAACUUUCUGUUCAUAAUUGCAAUUCAUAACUUUGUAUUGACAUUGCUUUUUGGUAAAAAUGCCUGCUUUCCAAUACUUUGCUCAUUAGACAUUCUUAACGGGGCAGCAGUCUAGUGUGGAAGCUUUUUUCAUUUUUCUUUUAAGUAAAUUUUUUUAAAAAUUCUGAUUUAACUCCAUUGUUUAUCAUAAGGGGUUUAAUUAUGAAGUAAAAGUGUGUACUUAUUACUUAAAAUAUAACUGCCAAAUGAUCUUGUUCCUUGUUUGUAUUUGUUAAAACCACAAAGAACUGUGGACUUCUCUUGCCUCCCAAGCCAAUGUAGCAGGUAGCUCUUCCCAUCCAACUCCAGCCCCUUCACUUCCCAAAUGGUGCUGGACAAAACUAUGUUUCCCUGUUAUUUCUUUGGGGUGGGAAGAGACAUGGAAAGGAAUGGGGAUGAACUGGAGUGUUAGAACCCUGACAAAUUCAGAGUAAUCUUUCUUUUGAAAAAUAUUGAAAAAUACUAUUUUAGGAUAGGAGUUUAGAAAAAGCAUCAAAGCUUUCACUUUGGUUUGGCACCAGUUUCUAGCCAACUCUUUUUUCCCCCUAGCUAUCUUUUAUUGGUAAAAUAUAAAUGUAUAAUUAUGUCUGCAGAACUUUACCAAGGAUUUUUGCUGCUUUUUAAUUUAUUGAUUAGCAAGUUUUUGAUUCUGUAUUUUAUAAAAGUAAGACUCCAGUUUGACCCUCUGUUUGCCCCAGUAAAAUAACUUCCAUAUAAAAUGGCAUUUGAAAGUGGAAGAUUGUGACAAGAGACUGUUUUCCAUUGCAUCUGUAUUUUACCUCCAUGGCUCCAACUUGUGGUUUUGUUCUGUUUUUCUGUUGAGAAUAAAAAAAAUGUAAUUUUUUUUCUUGGAUGUGUGUUUCCUUGAGAAGUAGGUUAUUAUUUGGAAUUAUGUUACUGUUUCUUAUUGGUUUAGGGAUUUCUCUGGCCUAUUUUUUCCUCCAUGGAAACACCUGAGGAGAUAAUACAAUGUUUUCUGGCAGCAACUGUGGUGAUUUUUCUCCCCUUCCUUUGAGAAUUACCAGUCUGCUUGUGAGCCAUCGUCAUUUCUAGCAGGGAGCAUCUUAGUUCAGGAAGGACCAUAGAUGCUGCUUAGUAUCUCUUCUCUCCUUUCCAGCCUGCCAGAGAUUUGCUGAGACAGGAAACUGCCCAGCAAACCAGUGUCUGCCCAUGUAAACUAUUUAAGAAAAAGUUCAACCCAGGUCUUGCAUCCUGUGAUUUAGCAGUUGAAUGAAUUCAGAAUUCAUCUAAAUAAUAUUAACCUUGUACUUGCACACUUGAAUAUAUUUUGGAGUAAUUUUAGGGGAUUUCUGGCUGACUUUUAUUAUCUGGAAUAUGAGUUUAGUAAAACUUGUAUCUUCAGAAAAUAUUUGUACAUGUUAGAAGAUGCCACUUGAAGACAAUUUAUUGAACAAAAGUCUUUGGUUAUUAUAUAAUGAAAGUGGUGUGAGUUGAUGCUCCUCCAUUUAAAGGCUAGAAAGGGUUCCUUGAAUAAGGAUUGAUACAGAAUUACUGGAAUAAUUAAGUUGCAUGAUUACAGGGAGUACAUUGGGGUAGAAGUAAAGAACAAAGGAGCAGUUAGGAGCUGGAAAGGGGACAUUCGAGCUAAAACUAAGCCAGAAGAUAACUUGAAUCAAUUGUAAAAGUGUGUUGGCAGUCUCCAAAAUUGAAUGAAAAACAUCUGGCUUAUAACAAAUGUGAAAGAACUAUAGUCUUAAGUAAAAUCGGUGUUUUUGAUAUUUUUAAGGUAAACACCAAUGAAAAGGUAUGUUUUUCUACUUGGUAUUGGUUUUCUUUUCCUGUUUAUAUGUAGACUUGUUUUUACCGAGAGCCGGAGGGAAAAAAUUUUCGGGUUUUGUCACUACCAUCCAUGAAAUCCCUCCAGUACCCAGGGCUGCUUUUGACGCUACUGCUAAUGUGAUGUCACUUUGUAUUAGAAAAACCACUUUUGGGUCCAUUUACUAUUAUUCUGCUGCCUACAAAAACAGCCAGGUAAAAGGUAGAUUUUGUGUAAGAGUUUGCAGAAUUUUCUCUAAACAAUAAAGUAAUACAGUACACAAGCCAAAUCCAUCAAAAAGGAGUUUUGUUUAAGAAGCAGACUUGAAUUCUUGAAACAGUCUUGACAUUAGUAGGUUGUGAAAACACCUCAGGAGAGCAAGGGAGCCAGUCCCGGUUGGCUGAUGGUGCCCCCUGAAGCUGGUCUCCGGGGUGCUGGGUUGUUUAUUCCCGAGGAAGACUAGCUUCUGCUGCUCACCAUACUGUACACAUAAGGGCUGGUGAACACAGAAGGAGCAGAUGAGGAAAAUCUUGUGCCACCAGAAUAGAGGGUGUUAGUGUCCGCUUUCCAAAAUUUCCUAGCCCAACUCUUAGGAAUUGGUUUUGGUUUCCAAAUGACUUCUACGUUUGUAAAGAUAACAAAGUAGCAUGGUCAAAGUUUACAUUGUUUUUCGAUCUCCUUGUGACCACUUAAGCAAAAACAAAACUCCAUUGGAACCUAUAAUUUGGGCCUGUAAAGUUCUUUAAGCGGUUAUCAUAAAUGCUUCUGUUGUGAAAUAAGAACAUUGUUGAGUUUAUACUCAUUUAGUUCCGACGUGGUGCAAUGAAAAAUGCUUCGCAGACCAGGUAUAUCAUUACUUAUGGUAUCUCAUGCUUUAAACUCUCAAGUGAUAUCUAUCUGGUUAAAUUCCAUUUUAGGAGAUUGAAAUGCAGAACAUUAAUGUUCAUUGCCUCCUACCCCAGGAGAAAUGGAUUCAGACAUGUCUUGUCUCAACAAGAAAUCAAUUUUUUUUAAACCAUCUCAUUCUGUUGCCAAAUAUCACAGAAGUAAUGGGGAGUUUAGUCACAUUUGGCUGUUGUGCUCUGAAAGAGCCAAGUUUGGAAUUUGUGGGGGUGAUCUAGGAGGGAGGUUCCAAAGAAGCAGAGAGGUAUUUGUCAAGUUACCUACCCUACAUCCAGCAUCUUACUCAUAAGUUUUAGUAGCUGCUCUUUGCCCACGCCUGCGUCGAACAUUUGCUAUUUGGGCAAAACACUAUUUCAAGUAUUUAACUUCUGUUCUUUUUACUUCGCCCUCAACUGUGAUCGAGUAAUAUUAACAUUCCUUUUGGUAUUCAAUAAUGGAAUUUGUUUACCUAUUUUAUUUCAGCAUAUUUUGAACAAAGAUCUUUGUCUCUUUCUGUUGGAAUGUGCACACAAUGAAUGUUUGUUAGAACUACACACAAUAAAGAUACUGUUUUCCUUUU